AUGGAUACCUCGCCCUUCAAUGUCUCCGACCCUGCCACCCCCUCCAAGCCCGACAUGGGUGGCGCCCAAUUCGCCUCCCAUGUUUGGAUGGAGCCUAUUAUUGUUAUCUCAAUAAUGAUCGCAUCUCUCACCUUCAAUAGACGCCAUGGCUACCGAAUAUUCGAGUCGUCGCGAGGCCGUUCCCAAACCCGCUCCCUCCUGUCACGUGAUAAUUCUCAAGAAUCCUCCCCUUCAGGAUCCUUCAUCGACUCCGAUUCUCCUAAUGCCACCGCAGAGCUGGAUUCUGUGACUGGUGCCAUCAAGUACCCGCCCAAGCAGCGCAACUGCUGUGGCAUGCUUGUCACCACCCCGAAUUCUUCUCGUUUCGCCGAUCACUGGCACAGUCGCGUUUUGCAAAAGUUUCCCUUUUUAAUCGAGAUGUUCUAUUGGGUCCUCAACCUGGCCUUUUACGCAGUCACGAAGGCCGUCGCGCAGUUGUUGUUCUCGAAAAACGAUGGUUUGUGGCAGCUGGCCCAAGACCAUGGCGUUCUGAUUCUCGACAUCGAACACAAAUCCUGGUUGAGCUUUGUCUUUUUCAUCCGCGAGGUCGACUUCCAGCAAUUCUUCUUGAAUGGCCAUUUAACUGCCAUGACCUUUCUGAAUCGCAUCUACUCGCUGGUUCAUAUCCCAGGAACUGUCGCCUUCCUCUCAUGGUAUUAUUAUGCCGCCCCCAACCACGCCACCUUCGCUGUCGCCCGUCGUACCAUGACACUGGGCAACUUCGCCGCCUUCUUCAUCUUUACCUUUUUCCCUUGCAUGCCACCACGAUUACUCCCCAAGGAGUACGGUUUCCACGAUACCGUGCGCCAAUCCAACUCAGAAUCCGUCUGGGUCGGUGGAAACUACGUCAAUCAGCUGGCUGCCAUGCCCAGCCUUCACUUCACAUACGCCUUUUGCAUAGGAUCCACCUUUUUGUAUCACUCCGGAUUUGGACGACGCUUGCAACGAAACGAGAACAGGAAAUCGGCGUUUACUCAGAUUGCAUUCCUCAUUGCUGGUGUUUGUUACCCAUUGUUAGUUCUAUCGGUUAUUGUGGCAACGGCGAACCAUUAUUGGCUGGAUGCCGUUGUUGCCAUGUGCACGACAACGCUCUCAUUUUUCGGUAACAGGGUUUGGAUGUUCUUGUUGCCUGCAGAGGAUGUUCUUUGCUGGGUCCUCCGUGUCGAGAAGCCGAUCCCUACCACGGGUGAUCGCCUGCUCAGACAAAAAGGCAAUGCUUAUCGACCUGUGAAAGAUUCCGACGAACCCUAA